UGGGUAGCGCCAGCGGUCGGGCCGCGGAGGCGGAGGCGGCCGGUGCUGCGGGCGGGGCAGGGACGGACGGAGGCAAGGAGGGAGGGAGGGAAGGAGGGGUGGUGGCGGCGCGGAGCGGAGCGCGGGGCCCGCGGAGCCGCGGGAGGCAGGGCGCCGCGUCCGGCGGGGCCGGGGCGAUAACCGCCUGUGGCGGGCUGUGUCUGGCGGCAGGUGACCCCCGGCACACGGCCCGGCCCUGGCCCGGGGCCGCCCGGCUCUGGAGCGCUGUGCCAGGCUGGAUCGUGAGCCUUCUCCCGCUUCGUGGGGUCGAGGUCAAAGCACCGGCCGUCCCUGCAGGAUCUCAGCCGGUUUCCCUCCACAUAAGUUCCGUGCCUCUUUCCGGCCCUAACACCGCACGGCAGCCUGCUGGCCGUGCCUUGCCUGCUGGCACGGCGGGAACGCAGCCCGAGGGAUUCUCCCUCUCCAGGCGACGAGACGCAGUUCUUAAGAAAAUGCUUCAGGUCUUUUCCCCGGAGCUUGGAGAACUUUGUUACGUGAAUUUUAACUGACUCUCUUGCAAUGCUACUCAAUACUUUUAAUUUUUUUUCAAUUUUUACUCGGUCAAGUUGUUGGCAUAGCUUGUGGUGAGGAAAUAGCUGAAAUAGUGUGUAUAUAUGUAGUUGGGAAAUGUAAGUUAAAGUGCACUUGACAUUAUUUUGGUAAGAAAAACAUUUACUGUAGAAUUAAGAUUACUUGUUGUCUAUCAUAGCCUUCUCUCUUAUUAAAAAUGAAAAGAAAAUCAGGGCCUGCUUGGAAGAUGCUUUGACAGUUUGCAUGAAAAGAAAUUUUAAAAUAAUGAGUGAGCUUGUCUCAAUGGAACAAAUCAAAAUCUUCCUCAGAUAGAGUGUUCAAAGACCUUUAGAAAUAAACGUGCCUUAAGCUGAAGUCUCAAGAUCAAAAAUUUUGGACAGAAAACUAGAGAAAGGACAAGACUACAACAGUCCAGGCUUCAGUUUUAGACUGUAUAACAAGAAGACAGGGUGAGGAUAUGAUCUCUCUCAUUCCCCAACAAUUUUUCUAAAUGUUUUUGCUUUAGAUUCAGGGCUUGGUCAAUUCUUUUUAAACUUUCUUAGAAGAGCAUCCUUCAUAUGAGAGCUUUUAGCUGCAAACUAAAUUAUGUAUCCUCUCCCCAAGUCUGAAUCCCCAUUUUCUUUCAUGUAGGGAAGAAUUUGUACUUUCUUUCAACAGUACAGCAGAGAGCUCACAGCUUCUGUCUUCCUCCAAGCUUGAAAAGUAAGCCAGAAUGGAAAAGACCCUGUUGGUUUCUCCACUAAAAUCUCGGUGUCAGAGCUCAAACAGACCACAGCAGAUUCCACAAGGGAGCAAGAACGCAUAAAUGCCUCAACCGUGGGAAACAAUUCACUCCCAGCUUGCACCUUCUAAGAUAACCAAAAUCGCUUUUGCUUUAGUGCACAGAUUGGACCCAGCUGCUUUAGGUGAGCUGCCCACAGUGCUACUUGGUUGUGUAUCACUCAUUCCCCCGCCCCCAGCAUUAGUGUUAUGUCUCUGAGGAGUGAAAACAAGGGCUUCCCUGCGCUGCUGCAGCUAGACACAGGUGCCUGCAGGUGACACUUCCCUCAGCUGCUGCAGUGAGGAGAGAGUCUGGGAGUGCAUUGUUUUCUCUCCUUUUGUCCUCCUGGUUGGUGCCAAGGGAAAAUGCCAGCAGAAGGUGAAGGUCUCAGGCAGAUGGGAAUUUUAGGAUGCAUGGGUUCAUAGAGGCAAAUGGGAGGUAGAAGGUGUUGUGUUGAGGUAAUGCCAUGUGUGAGGAGGAGACAGGAACCCAAUAUCAUUCUCUGCUUAAGCCUUAUUAUCAGUAGUCUAUUUAUCGCCUCUUAUUCCAAGAAUGAUGUCCCUUGGAAAAUUCCCUCCCCAGAGGUCAGACUGGGUAGAAAAGUUGUAUGUACUUGUGAGGUGGUUUGAAAGGGAGACACAAAAAUGUUAGGGAGAAGAAAAAUCUCAGCUUUCACCCAGUUUUCCCAAGAUCUGUGGGCCCUUUGUCUUGAGCUUUAGUAUUGUGGAUUUAAUGGUAUCAAAUUAUCUUACAAGAGAUUUGAUGAUACUCAUAGCGUAAUACCUUUUCUGGGUAAACUGGUUGAACAUGAAGUUUAUUCUUCCAAGCAAAGACUUGAGAUGCAUAGCCACUCCCAUCGUUGAAGAUAUUCUAACCUGUGUUUUCAGCUUUUCCCACAGCUCUUUUGCUGAUCUCUGCAUGUGUCUAAUAUUACAUGUACACGGUGAGGUUAGGAACAAGGAUGCAAACGGGCUUGUGUACACGCAACCCACAUUUAUUCUAUCCACAUGCUGUAGCUCAGGUUCAAAACAUUCCCACUGGAUGUGGGAAGAGCUGAGGUAGUGGAGGCAGUAGUGCAUGAUGCUGCCAGCCUGAGUACCCAGCUAGCAAUGGUGUCUGCAGUAUGGUGCCAAGAAUGUUGGGGUUCUCCCCCACUGAAGUCAGCCUAAGUACUGUACCUGAGCCACUGAACAGCAAACCAACUUGGAAAUGUCCUUCACCUUUUCUACAUUGUCUUGGCCAGCAGAGCAGAACCAAUGGGAUGACACUCAAGGUGGCAUGAGCCUCUUUUUGUGACUCUGGCAAUCUUUCACCUCUCCUUCUCUUCAUUUCUGUUCACUGUAUACAAGGACGUGGCCUGAAGACUGACCAGCAGGAAGUGAGUGUCCGUAUGGGAGCCUGACACCUCAUUAAUCAUGUGUUCCCCUCUAGAUUCUGAUUUUUAUUGCCUGUUCCCGCUGGUCAGCCAAAAUGAUGAGGAGGACCACAGACCAUUCUCUGUCUGCUUCAGCUUGCUCCCCUGCUUCAUGUAGUGCAUGGGGAUAUACUAUGCAUUCCUGCAAAGGAGUGAUUGAUGAUGUUACCUCUUUCACAAAACUAGGUCCCCUGAUCAUCACAGCUGGCACCUGUGUGGAGAGUGUUGCUGUACUUUGCAUGAAAUUCAGGAAGCAAGAGGAAGGAGAAAGAUUGAUACCCCUGGGUCUUGUCCCACUUUGUAGUUAAGUGAUAACUGUGGUGUGCUUUUUGACCCAGAAAGGAGGAAAUACCACUGUAUGCAUGCCUGAAGCCAUGGCCAAGUGACAGAGUGUCAUUCUUAAUGAGCUGUGCCAGAAAGGCAGAACCAAACAUUAUGAGAUGAAAAAUCGAGGUGGGGGAGGGAAACCUUGGGAAGGAAACAUCUGCCAAGAGCUCUUUUUUUCCAGCCAAAUCAGCUUGUAAGUGCCAAGCAGCUCCCCCCUAACAUUUGAACCAUUCUUGAGAAAGCCAUGUUUGCUAUUGAGAGUGACACCUUCUCUUUGUAUCAACACAGAAUUAACUUGUUUAUUAAAUCAUGUGGAAACAGAUCCUUAAGUGCAGGCUGGCAUCAGAUAAUGCAAAUGAAUAACAAUACUUUUUAAGGGAAAGAGUUACUGUAGCUGACUUUUUUUUAAGGUCUAGGCGAGACAGGUUUUGUAGGUAGGAAUCUUGUUUAACCAACCAAAUAGUUGGAAAAGGUAAUGUGUGAACACUGGGUUUUUUCCAACAGUACCAGCUGGGUUUGUUAGAAGAUACUAUCUCUACUUAGAAAACUGGCCUUAGUAUUACUGAAACAGAUCAAAGGAAAUACUUCUAAACAAAGUUUGCGCAUAAUCCAAAUUUACCUUUUAGAGUCUAUCAUUAUAGUAUAUAAUCAAGGAAAAAAACUGAUGUGAUCAGGGUCUACAGUAAUAUUAGACAAGAAUUUAGCAUUUAUGAAUUUUUAAUAAUUGCUAAUAAUUCAUAUUUUUUUCAAAUAAAGCCUAAUACUUCAGGCUAUACACCAACUACUGUCUGAAGUCAGAAGGAGAUUGCCACUCUUGAGGAGAUUAUUCCACAAAAUUAUCUGCCUUUGAAAUAUUUGAGAAUUACUAACAUAGCAGUCAGGAUAUUGGACUGCAUGCAGUGACCUGCUGUGGCAAUACCCACGGGUCCCUAACUGGGCAGUUGCCUUUACUAACAGUAUCUGGAAGAAACCAGGUGUUGCUCCCAACCAGACUCCUGUUCUUGUGCAAAAAGAAAUUCAUUUCAACUCGGUGAAGUUUUGAAUUCAAAUCAAGUCACAAAUCAGGAGUUGACCCUGAAGUGCUCUUCCUAACACCUACAUUAAUAAUGUACGCUAAACCUUAUAUUAAUAAUGUAUGGAGGGGAGGUCUUAGCCCUAAGCUAGAAUUAAAAUUAGUACGAGCACUAAAAUACAAGUCUAGUUUCACUGUGCUGGUAAUCCGAUCGUAUGGUUCAGCUAGAGAAUUUCUUACCAUGUGGCUGCUCCCACUGGCAUAGGCUUUAUCUACUUGUUGCAGUGAAGGCCAACCAGGAUGGAUAAGCUGGAUAAAACACUUGAUAACAGAAACCAUUUUCUCAUGGUGGAAAAAAGCCCUGCUCACUCAAAGAAUGCUUUGCUGUUGUAUGCAUGUGUAUGAUACAUUCAUUGAACCCUUUUGGACCCCAGUCCAGCAUCUUUAGGAAUAAGUUAAUAUGUCAGAACUUAUACUUUGGCUUAGUCCAGUAGAUGUGAACUGUCCUAGCUGGAUCUUUCACAGAAGCUUUUACACUGAAAACCUGACAUAUACAUUAAGGCUUCUGAUACCAGAUCAGCUGAAUCACCAGUAACCGAUUUUCAUUAUUAAACAGUAGUUUCUCCUUGUCAGAAUCACAAAAGAGCAAAAUAUCUUCAAUGGAAUCCUAGCAGAUACCAGUGCUGAGUGCAUCAGGUGGAAGAGAAAACAAAGCACUUGGAUCACUUGCCAAUUUUAAAUCAGAGGAUAAGAAUCCACUUGCCUGGUACAUAUGUAAGUGUUUAGACAUGUCUUUGUCAGGCUACCCUACCAACAGUGAGCACUCAGUGGCUGGGAUAGAUGUCUGUUAUUUUCAGAACAGAAGUACAAACUGUCUACCCCUGUUUUCUGAGGGCAAAACCUGUAUAUAUGUGUAGGGUUGAAAGGGGUACAGGAAAGUGCAAAACGCAUAAUUGGUAAAGAUGUUGAACUGAUUUGGUCCCAAACCAGUCCCUCAGGAACACCGCUUGUCACUGCUCUCCACUUGGACAUGAAGCCAUUGACCACAAUUCCUUGAAUUAACCAUCCAUCCAAUUCCUUGUCCACCGAUUGGUGCCUUUGUCAAAUUCAUAUCUGUCCAGUUUAGACACAAAGUUUCAUGAAAGACAGUGAACAAUUCUUUGCAUGAGUCCAGGUAAAUUAUGUCAGGCGUUCUUCCCUAGCACCAAAGCUGUAACCCCAUCAUAGAAAGCCACCAGAUUUGCCAGGUGCCAUUUGCCCUUAGUGAAGUCAUGCUGACUGUCACCAGUCACCUCCUUAUUUUCCAUGUGCCUUCUUAUAAUUUCUAGGGGAAUUUGCUCCAAGAUCUUGACAGACACCAAAACUGACUACACUGGUCUGUAGUUCCUUAGGUCUUUUUUUGGUUUUUUUUUCCUAAAGAUGAUAAAGGAUUGGGGUAUCUGGUAAGGGAGUGAAAUGGCUGGGGCUGUUUAGCCUGUAGAAGAGAAGGCUUGGGGGGAGCCUUAUCAAUGUGUAUAAAUAUCUGAUGGGGGAGCCAGACUCAUUUCAGUGACAGAACCACCUGCAAUGUGCACAAACUGUAAAAGGGGAAGUUCACUCUGAAUAUCAAGAAACAUUUUUAUACUGUGAGGUGGUUUAAGUGCUGAAUAGGUUGCCAGGAAAAGUUGUGGACUCUCCAUCUCUGUUGAUAUUUAAAACUGUACUGGAUGUGCUCUGGGGCAGCCUGUGCUAGCUGAUCAUGUUUUGAGUAUAGCACUGGACUAGGCAAUCUUCAGAGGUGCCUUGAUACCUCAUUCAUGCUUAGGGACUGUGUACCAGUGUGGGCAGUGGAACAAAAAAGGGGCAACCUGCCAACUAAGAAAGCUUGUUGUCAGCAUGGUAUUUUCCUGUUUGCAUCAAUUUCUUUAAAGCCUAUGGAAUCCUAUGCUUCCUUUUCUCAUUUUUGCAUCCUUGCAAAUAUGUACCUCCCUAAUUUUCAUAUAAUUUCAGCUCCUUCCUCUGCACUGCAAAACACACAAACUUGUGUUGAGCACCACAGUACAAUGGUACUGACUCAUUCAGUGUGUCUAAGGCAGUCUUGUGAGAGAUCAUGCAUUCAUAUCCAUGAACAAUACUGGCCUCUGUGCCCCAUUGCCCCUGCAGUUGCAUUCAGGAUGUUUUAUGUGUCUUAUUUUAGCUAUGGUAUGUCUGUCUAGUUCUGAUUAAUCUACUUUUUUUUUUUACUUCCCUAAUGCAGAAGGCAGGUAUCAAUAAAAAAUCUAAAUAUAGUCUCUGAGAUGUUUCUGAGAACACUUUACCAAUACUGAGUUUAUUUGUUUAGGGAUUUUUUUUAUCCAGGUUCUGAACAAUUGCAGAAUCAUUGCUCAGCCCUUGGCAAGUAAAAAUAACAACUGAAUGAAUAAAAAAUACAAUUUUAUAUAUAAAAUACAACAGCCAAGCAAAUAAUAAAAAUCCCCCAGUCUAUCCUGGGGGAUCAUAGAGGAGAAACUCAAGCUUAAUCCUUAGAACUGGGUCUGAUUUGUGCUUGGUGACUGUGAUGCACAGCUGUGCAAGGCAGGGAGAUCUGUCUGCCCCUCUGCAAUGUCCUGUUCUGGUACAAAUCAGUGGGGCUUGCUGGCCCCAGCAAGUUCUACACCUGGACCAGUUCCACCUCUUACACACCAGCAACCUGGAGCCAGUGAGGAGGCAGCUCCUGAAGCACUAUGCUCCAAGGAAGGUGGCAAGCAGGGACAGGUUAAGGGCAGAGGGAUUCUGCCUCUACAGGUUUGCAUCUCAGCCUGGAGGCCUUUGUUUUCAUCCCCUAGACAAGUAAUCUGUGUAACAGCUUCAGAACAGCUGUGGCUCGCUUUGAACCUUCCUGCAAACAGUGCUAGUUCCCUGUUCCCCCUGGUAUAAGCACAGCCCCAUGCCACAAGCCCACUCCCUGCCUUGGUGGCAGCCCCCAGGAUCUUGGAGGUGACUGCAGCAGGUCCUCUGUCACCAGCAGAGCAGAGGCUCACCAAGCAUGGGAAACCUCCCUCGGCCCACCACGACAGAUGUGGUGGGGUAUUCCCAUGGUGUUGCACGAACUUAAUUUGGAUUUUUUUUGAGCUCUUCAGCUUGGCAAAACACUUUCUCUUCCCCUCAUCAGGACUUGUAGAAAUUAUGCUAACUGCCAGUGUGUGAAAGCAGAAAUUGUAACUGCUUCAAAAAUAAGAGUUGAAGUGAGACAGCACAAAUUUACAGGAGAAAAUACGUCUUAGUAAGUGUGAGCCAAGGAUUUGAGAUUGAGCAGCUGAAAUGGAGGCAGCUGCUCAGCUCGGUGGAGGCAUCCUCUGACAGAAGGAAGAUGCUCCCCGACCCCCAGAGAGGCCCCUCUUCUCCACGUCCCACAGCCGUUUCCUUGUGGCUCAGGUCUCGAGCCCUCUCAUUUGAAGAAGUGGUUUCACUCUGGGCAGUGACAUGCACCCUUAAGGCAACCACCUGCAGACUCAGUUUCACUUGUGGGGCCAGGGCACUGCAGGGCACCACCAGCCAUGACAGCGAGUUGGCCCCACAGCUGCUCUGCUAGAACUCCAUUUCAUCUCGCAGUUUUUGUUAUGACAGCAGUUGCUUUCACUUCUACAAUGACUCAAAAUACAUCUGAGAUCAUGUGUGGGUUUAUCAGCCAGAAGGAUGAAGGUUCAGAAGCACCACAGACAUCAGUAGCUCCUAAGGUUCCUAAUAUUUUGGAAGACCUUGGGUGUUACUUGAAUUCUCAAGGAACAGAGAAUAUCUACCAAACAAUUAAAAAUGUGGAAGUCAAUGUUUUUGAAGAUAUUGAAUUAAGAAUAACAAUGAGUAUUCCAAAUAUCAUUUCAUGCUUCUGGUUCUUUAAAAAGAGCAAAGCCUGUGAACUUUCUUUCGACUCAGAGAAUAGAUAUAUAACAUCUUUGGCUUUUUCCCAAAUAAAAGAAGGACAAGCUGGAAAAUACACCCUCUUGGUCACAAGUAAAUCUGGCAAUUACAGAGUAGUUGUGCCCGUUCUCAUCCAAAAAAAACCAGCCAAACCCUAUUUCAGGAAAAGGGACAAAUCGGAUUCUAUCGAGUGCAUAUCUGAGAGCUACCCCCAACCCUCUGUGGAAUGGAUAUUCUGCAAAACACCAGAAAAGAGUUGCCCUUAUAAAAGGCAUGAAGAAACUGGAGAAAUAGAUGGCAAACAGAUGGUGCAACAUGAAUUAUUUCAAACUUACAUAUGGUGCUGUGCAGUUAAUGUCCUGGGCAGAGAAUGCACCAGCCUCUUUACAAUAGAUUUAAAUGAAAGACAAGCAGCACCUUUUCCUGAGCUACUACUUAAGGUCAGUGAACCAUUGCUGAUCAGAUGCAGAGCUGUUCACCAAAAUUAUAAAUUCAGAAUACAACUGUCUUUUGAAAACAGAGAAGUUGAGCAGGGCUGUCACUUUGAAGGAUUAGAAUAUCAAGAAAACUUCUCAGCAAUUCGGAUCCAGUAUGUGUUUGUUUCAGCAGCAGAAAAAAAUUACAGUGGACAUUACACCUGUUCUUCUACUGCUCAUCCGAAUCAAACUGCUUUGAUCACAGUCCUAGAAAAGGGAUUUAUAAAUAUAACUGAUUCUAAAGAAGAUUUUGAAAUUGGUGAAGAAGAGUUUUGCUUUGAAGUCAACUUUACAGCAUAUCCUCCAGUUAGAUGCAUGUGGCUAUAUUCCAAUAGAACAUUUCCAUGUAUACAAAGUUACAGUGUGGGUGGACACAGCAUUUCAUCGAAGUUCUGCAACCAUCAGCACCAGUCUGGGAUAUAUGUAUUUUAUGCUGAAAAUGAUGAUGCAGUUGCAACAAAAAAAUUCACUCUAUAUGUGAGAAGAAAGCCUGAAAUAAGGAUGCAGUUGUUGUUCAAGCAGAUCUCCUGUGUUGCUGAAGGCUACCCUGCCUCAUCCUGGGUUUGGAGGAACUGUCUUGAACUGAAUUCAUCCAACUGCGCAGAGGAAAUCACAGAGGGGAUUCAGAACUUCUUGCCAGAGAGGAGAUCCCUGGGGUCAUGGAUUUCAAGCAGUACUUUACAUGUAAAGGAGACAGCAACAACCUUCUCUGUGGAGUGCUGUGCAAAUAAUUCAGCUGGUUCAGCCUGUGAAAAGCGUUUCAUUAACCUGUCAGUUGCAGGAGCUGUUUCUUCCCCCCUGGACAAUGCUGCGUUCUAUGUCUCCGUUGGAUUUUUUCUCCUCUUGAUCACUUUUGUGCUUGUCUUCUUUUUUCUAAAAUACAAAAAGCAAUUUAAAUAUGAAAGCCAGUGGCAAAUGAUACAGAUGAUAGGGCCAUCAGAUAAUGAAUACAUCUACAUCGACUUCAGAGAAUUUGAAUAUGAUAUAAAAUGGGAAUUUCCCAGGGAAAAUCUGGAAUUUGGACAGGUUCUUGGUUCUGGGGCCUUUGGGAAAGUAGUGACUGCAACAGCUUAUGGAAUUAACAAUGCAGGAGAUUCAGUCCAGGUCGCAGUCAAAAUGCUAAAAGAAAAACCUGAUACUGCAGAAGAAGAUGCUCUAAUGUCUGAGCUGAAAAUGAUGACUCAUAUUGGAAGCCAUGAAAAUAUUGUGAACCUACUAGGAGCUUGUACUCUGUCAGGACCAAUCUACUUGAUAUUUGAAUACUGUUGCUAUGGUGACCUUCUGAACUACUUAAGGAGCAAGAGAGAAAAGUUUCACUGGACACUGACAGAUAUUUUUAAACAGCAAAACUUCAGCUUUUACCACAAUAUCCAUCAGGACCAAAACUCUAGGACAGGGACUCACCUGAAGUACAGUGUGAACACAGCUCUCUGCAGAGAGGAUGAAUGUGAAACCAUGCAAAGAAGCCAAAACAUAAAUGUGACACUGGGAUCAAAUGGGAUUGUGCUGUUUUCUGAGGAAGGCAAAAUUAAGGAUGCAAGCACACCAAUGGAUGAAGAAGAGGACUUUAAUGUGCUCACUUUUGAAGACCUUCUUUGCUUUUCUUUUCAAGUUGCCAAAGGAAUGGAAUUUCUUGAGUCCAAAUCGUGCAUUCACAGAGACCUCGCUGCCCGGAACAUACUGGUGACCCAUGGGAAAGUGGUGAAAAUAUGUGACUUUGGCCUUGCCAGAGAUGUAAUGAACGACUCCAACUACAUCGUCAGGGGCAAUGCUCGACUGCCAGUCAAAUGGAUGGCUCCCGAAAGCUUGUUCGAGAGGACAUACACCAUGAAGAGCGAUGUCUGGUCGUAUGGAAUACUGCUGUGGGAAAUAUUCUCCUUGGGUGUAAAUCCUUACCCUGGUAUUCAGGUUGACACAAAUUUCUACAAAUUAAUACAGAGUGGAUUUAAAAUGGACCAACCAUAUUAUGCUACAAAAGAUGUCUAUUGCCUGAUGAGGUCCUGUUGGGCUCUUGACUCCAGGAAAAGACCCUCUUUCUCUUACCUGGUUUCCUCUCUGGCCUGUCAGCUGGCUGAGGCAGAAGGAGCAGUUUACCAUAAUACAAAGAAAAGCCUUGAUACACACCAUUCCAGCAUCAAAACUAAACCUCGUGUAAGCAGGGAUGAGGAAUCUUUGCUGUCCUCAGUUGUGCUCCAGCAUGAAGACCCUCAAGUUGAAAAAUAAUCUGGGUUGUGGAUUUGGUCUCAGUAUUGUCAUACACUCUGUGUAAGAUAAGUGCCUUAUAUCAUCUCCAAGAGAAGAAAUUGUUACCAACUGCUGCACUGUGUAUUUCUUGUGGGCCAGUCAGUACAUAUGUGACUUUUUGAGAGAAAGGUAAUUCAUUUGUUUGAGUUCAGCAAACACAUCUGUAGCGAGACAGGGUUUUUUGCAGCCACUCUGCAACUGAGUGCCUCUUUUCCUGGUGUUAUGCAAACAGUGCCAAAUCAACGUAUUGAAUUCAUAUUGUUCUUGCCACAUUGCAAGCAAACAUGAGAGAAUCUACUUUUUUUUUUAGUCAAUGUUUACAAGCAUCAACUAUGCAGCUAAAGAGAGCUGGUAUGAUUUCCAGAAGUGUUUUUCACAUCUUCAUGUCCAGAUGUCAGGGAGUGUUGGGGGGAAAAACGCCAGAGGAGUCCCAAUUUUAGAUGUCCAAAUUUUACAGUUCCAUCAGUCUUCUUUUACAAGGAGCUCUUAAUUUCAUUGAGUGUAACUUUCUUACCCUGGACAUCUCUGUGCUUGUGAAGUAUGGGCGGUGGGUGUUCAGUUCAGAUGAGUUCAUUUUAUCACAAUUUAGUUACUCAUGUGGCCUCUACUCAGCCAAGUUACAUUCUGAAUCUGCUGAUCAGAGAUAGACACUCACAGGAGGGAUUCCUUUCUACCUAAAAUAAGCAUCAAAAGUAACCAGGAAGAGUGAUAUUCAGAGAUAACCUUCUACCUCCCUGGUUUGGAAAAUCCAGGUGGCAGUCUCCAGCUGUGAGUCGUACUUCAGCUGAAUUACAGCUAAUGCCAUCCAUGAGAAUGUGAAUUCCAUUCAUGGGAAUUUUGUGUUUCAAUAGCAAAAAAAAAAGUUUAAUUUUGAAGAGAUUGCAUUCUGUAAUUUGGGAGUGUACUAUCAUCACUCCAAAUCCACAGAAUUCAGCCUGGGUGUAUGAACACUGCUGCACGAAAAUGAAGGUAUGCCUCUUUAACUUUCUGACAGAUUCCCGGGAAAAUACCUAGAGGCUUGAUUCAUUUUCAGUAUACUUAAAAAGACAGCUAUUUUCACUAUGAGGUUUAGGAAUUUCUAAAUGCAACUUUCAUCAUGACUAAUACGAUACAUUUGUCUACAUCACAGUGGAUCAAGAUGAAAAUAUAUUGAUUAAUAGUUUUUUUCUCUUUUACAUUUUACAAGGUGCUAAGUUCAGUUAGGAUUUUUCAGAGACAAGUCUUAUAAAAUAGUAACUUGCAUGUAAUAUGCUAUUAUAAAAAUUGAGCUGCUCUUUACUAACACUGUCCGAAAAUAAUGUUGUAAUACAGUGAUUAUGAUUUGUAUAUUUUUGUUGAUGUUAUUAACAAUUAUCAAUUAAUCGUCAAUUUUUUAAAUCAGAUACAAACCACUGAAGAGCAAUUCGGAGAUAUUUAGACAGAAAUAAAUUUUAAUGUCAUGUUCUCUGGAAAA